AUGUCGCAUUUGAUAGACGACACAAACCAAUACAUGAUCCUGGACCAGCUUGACAUACCAUUGCGAUCGCCAUUCGUGCCAGGCCUCGUUCCUAGCAGCGGGGAACGGGCUCGGAAAAGAGAUAUCGGUAACUACACAAGGGUCAAAACCGAAGCGCCUUCCAACCGAAGCGCUUCAGACAACGCCUCGCAAGUCCAGCGACCAGCGGCCAAAGACCAGCUCACAGCUCUCGCCGAAAUCAUUCUGUUCCCAAGGACUUGCGAAAUUGAUCAGCAGUACCAAGUUCUCGCGAUGGCUGAAAUGUUCGUAAACGUCGGUGUCGUCAAAGCUGAUCUGGAAGGAAACAUUCGCCGAAGCUCGUUCUUGUGGGGCGAAGAUGUUCCGGGCAAAGAGUAUAUGACCACAUGGAUGUAUGUGGAUAUACUUGACGAUGGGCCAUUGGUGACGCCCGAUCUGAUAGAGAACAUGUUCUAUCUGAUGAUAUACGAUGAAUCUUGCUAUGCGACACGAGGCGAGACAAGAGGCGGCAGACUGCGGGCGGUGCAUGCGCGUACGGGUAACGAGCUUGCCAAUGUGGUCAUAAAUGCGGUGGACUCUAGAGACGCGUAG